GUGAGAAUUCUUACAACGUGUCGAGAAUUUCUCUUGUUCCCACUUGGGUAUUUUUUAUACUAUUUCUCAAAAGGGGAACUUUCUGCUCUAAGUCUAACUGCAAUUUGAUUUUCCGUCCUGUUUAUACCGAAAUGAUGCUGCUUGCAAAUUUAAUUCCAUUCUUUUUCAUCGGCCUUGCGUUGGCGGAUGAUCUGAGAUCGUGCAUCAGCGAUGACAAUUGCCGAGAAGGGGAAUGCUGCGUUUUCAUGGCUUUUAUCCGAGGAUUUUGCCACACGCUGGGUAAAGAAGGUGAUCACUGUAUAAUGACGCCAGCUGAAACGGAACAUGGAAAGAAAAACAUAUUUGGUUGUCCUUGUCAAGAAGGUCUAGAAUGCGUUCCUGGAGAAGUUGUAAAAGAAAAUGGGAAAACCAUUUACAGAAACUUGACUUGCAAUGCCGCAACCUUCUGAAAAAUCCUGAAAAGAGCUUCUCAUUUUCAUGACACAAGUGUUAAAUACGAUGCAGCGAUUAAAUAAUACAAAUAUCCGUAUCAAUUGAAAUUAUUUUUAUCUCAACGAACUUUUGUUACUGUUACCCUUUUAAUAAAAUACGGAAAACUAUAUAGAAAUGUAGUUUAGGGAAUGAAGAAGUGAGUACUUUUAUCCUAGCGAAAGAAAAUAAUUAAAUCACAAAUAAUUAAAAAUUCAUUAAGUCUUGUAAGUUAAGAUUUAUAUUUUCUUGUAAAAGAAAAUAUUGGUUGACACUGUUUAUAAAAAUUUGGAACUUUUUUCCCUCCAUUGAAUAUUUCAUCCUCGAAAUGAUUAGUGAAGUUUUAUUAGAGGGAAUAAAAGUUUAUAAACGCUAAUGAUGAGACUAGAAUAAAAUUCAGGUUAUAAUUAAAAA